UCAAAGAUCAGUUUGUGGUUAGAAAUUGCAGAGGAAGGUUGCGGUUGCACAGUUCAAGGAUACCGUUUGUGAAUUCGUGUGAUCCUGUUGAAACUUGUUGGAGAUUAGGAAUUGAUAUCAUUUGGGGGAAUUACAACGAAACGUUUAUAAAUCUAUAAUAUCGAUAAACUUCUAAAUUCUAUCAAGAAACAACUGUUUUAGUUUACAAUCUUUCUAGAAUUUUCUUAUUGAAAUUUUUAAAAGUUAGUUAAUACUUGAUGGCUAAAUCUGAUAUGACUAAUUCAGAAGAAGAUGGAAAAAAUGUUGGUAUGGAAACGGAAUAUAGUUGCGGAUCCUCUAGAAAUGAAGUCGAAAAAAAGACGAAUGAUUUAUCUUCUGAUAGUUCCAACGAUUCCCUUUGUGUUGCCAACAAAACCCCGAAGAUUUCUACUCAUAUAAGCAUCUUUGUUGCCUCCUUAAUCAAGAAUUUAGUUGCAGCAUCUGAGAAUGACAGAGUUCAGGCGGAGUUAAAAUAUAAAGUCAUUUGUGAUAAGUUAUAUCAAAUGAAAUUGAUUGACGAAAGUUAUCAAAUGAAAGAAUUCGAGAGUAUUUUGACACAAUAUCAGUACGGUUUAUUCAAUCUUUUUACAUCUAAGGGAAGACCUUUACCUAUGUAUCCUGUGUGGCUUGAUGAAAAUCUUGCGACUUCUCAUUAUCAUCGCCAGUUUGAAGAAUUGGAGUUCAUUGCUGGAGGUGGGUUUGGAAAGGUUUAUAGGGUGAAACACAAAUUGGAUGGAACAGAAUAUGCAGUCAAGAAAAUACCCAUUCGUUCAGAAGGCUUAGAACAUGUCAAAAAUUACUUAUCAGAAGUUAAAACUUUUGCCAUGGUGAAUCAUCCAAAUGUUGUUCAGUAUAAAGCGGCUUGGCUUGAUAUGGGUGUGAGUCAAAAUCCCAAUAUGCUUACAGAAUAUGAUGAUGAGGAAGAUGAGGAUGAAUACAUUUCUCCAGAAACCACCGAGCACAAGGGACAUCACCUAAGUGAGGAAUAUCUAUACAACAAAGAAAUAUCAAAAUCCUUCUCUAAUAAACCCGGUGAAGAUACAUCAGAUUUUGAAAUUGUUUUUGAACACAGCUUCAACAAUAUUGAAUCCCGCUGUACUUCCUCCAAUCAUUUUGAGAAAAAAUCAAAAAGGACAAGACAGAGUAGUAUUUCAGAGGGGGGCCACGCUUUGUGUCCUUUGGAUCAGAGAGAAAUCGAUGAGAUCAGGUCACAGCAAAAGAAACAGGAAAAAUGGGCGACUUUAUACAUACAAAUGGCUUUGUGCCAAUUAACCUUGAAGCAAUGGUUGUCACAGAGGAAUAGUUCAGAAAAGAAUAUCGAUUCGAUGAAAGCCUUAGUGCCUGUGAAGAUUGUUCAAGAUUCAGUAGUGCGAGAAAUUCUUAAACAAUUAUUGGAAGGUCUUCAAUAUAUUCAUUCAAAGAGAAUAGUUCAUCAUGAUAUCAAGCCAAGCAAUAUAUUCCUACAGACGGAUAAUGGAAAGUUGCUGGUACAGUUGGGGGAUUUUGGACUCGCAUGUCCCUUACAGAGUGCUCGUCACAGCUUGGCAUUUGGUACGAAAUUAUAUGCCGCGCCCGAACAACUUGAUGGGAAAUGUAAUCCAAAGAGCGAUAUGUACUCUCUAGGAAUUGUUCUUUUUGAACUUGUAGAAACUUUCACCACAGACAUGGAACGGAAUAAAUGCAUUGAAGUAUUGAAGAAAACAGGGUAUCUACCACCGCGCAUAGAGAUGCAACAUCCGCAAUUCGCCGAGAUCAUCACAAGUCUCGUAAAAAAAUCGCCUCAAGAGCGACCUAGCGCUUAUGAAUUACUUAAAGAAAUAUCAGAUAAUUCAGCAUCUGCCAACUUGGAAUUACAGGAAUUAAAGGACAAGUUAAAAGAAAAGGAGGAGGAAAUACAAAGGUUGAAGGAGUUGUUAAAAUUAGCUGGAGUAAAUAGCAGUGGAAAUUUAAUUUUAUCGUUAUGGCAACGUGUACUGAUCAAACUUCACACUGACGUUGUCGAGAUUUUUAUUGGCGUUUUUUCAAGUCCGCCAGAUUUGUUUGAUCGAUUCUUCAAAAUGGCAGAAUAUCCACCGCGAUCAUGUGGGGACUGUCCCCACAUGGCACACUUCGAAAAGGCUGCGGAUCCGAAGCAUUACAUUCCGGAACACACCGUUCCUAAGCCACAUAUGGAAUAUCAGCAGGAUUACGUUAAUACGAAUCCUCAAUUGGGAACAACGAACACCUUCAAUCCUCCUACCCUGGCCAAUGCUCCUGUGAAAACCGUAAACUGCGUACCUGGUUGUGAGCAUUCCGAUCAUAAUAAGUCCCCGGAAGGGCAAGGAUACACCGGAGGAAUUCCACCCUGUAGCGACCCCUGUUUGUCCCAGAAUCCCCCUCCUCCCCAAGAACCCUGUCCAGAUACUCCCUACAGUCUAGAGAACACUAUACCAAAGACACCCUGCGAAAAAGCUAACAUGAAAGGGAUACUAAAAAAAAAAGCCGCGGACCAAAUCGAAUGCGAAUGUCCGUUAACCAUGGCUUCCAUCCCAAGAUCCAGACAGGAAGAUCCAGGUUCUGAGCUGCCUUGGGCGACUAACCCCAACGACAGACCUCCCUGCUACCUACCGCAGCCCGAAGAUAAGAUACCGAGCAACAAGGAGGAUGGCAUGGGCCCCGUUGGACCUUGGGCCACUGGAAGGGUCGAUUGGGGACCCCUCAAAGGCCUCACCGGCACCAGACCUGUCGUCGAUCGUUAUUCAAUCGCCAGAUACAGUGAGGGGGAAUGGCGACAGCACAAUAAAGACAUACUGGAGGGAAAGGGGGAGAGGGCGGUUCAUAGGAAUAACCUGAUAGAGUGGAACAGCAGGCAAUGCAUGGCGCAAACCCAAGCCGAUGCCCAUAAGAACCAGGAGGACAGCACCAGGAGGCUGGAACAGAGGGAGAAAGAAGUUCAUCGUUGGAAAUGUGAACUGGAGAGGGCCAUAGCCGCAGCGUCCGAAGAAAUAACCUUCAUGGAGGAACAACGGAGAAGGUUGAAACAAGCUGCAGCUGUUCUUCAGCUACCCGAGUCAAUUUCGGGUGAAUGCCUGGAGAGAAGAACCGGCAGAUUGGACAGCGAGCUGGUGAGAGACGAGGUGGAAGUCGAGCUGAUGAAAGAGCGAGCGCUUUGCGACGAAAUCAGACAGCAGUUCAUCCAGACCCUGAAAGACGUCGAACUGCAGCUCAUCGAGGACAAAACAGCCAAACAGCGACUGGAAUCCGACUGGAGUGACAAGAAACAGGCCUUCGAGCUGGACUCCACUGGCAGGAGCCUCACCUUGCGCUCGUCCAUCCUUAUGUUCAAACCUGGCUCCGUUAUAUUUCCUGGAGAUCAGUCUUCUCCGGAGUAUUGGGAGCAUUUCACGAAAGAGACCCUGCAGAUGUCCGAAGCUACCAGACAGAGAUCUGCAACGCUGAGGGGUACCUUGGACGCUAUACUAACAAACGCCUCGCGAGAUCUAAGAACUCAAGCGGAUAAGGUCGAGCUGAUUUUGUCGAAGAGGAUACAGUGCCUCAUCGAGGUCACUGAUAGACUCGAAUCGGAAUUGAAAAAGACCCUGCAGAAACUGGCGGACGUUGAGAAACUGAUCGACGAUUUGCAGGCAGCGAUAAGAAGGAUGGAUCUUUGCCUUAAGAAGGCGCAAACUAGAUUAGAUUUCAGACUCCAAAGACAAAGGGUGGAGAACUGUAGGGAUGAGUGCCAUUUCGGGCUGAUAGAAGAGGUGAAGAUGAUUGGCGAAGAAACAGCAGCCUUGGCGGCUCAGUUGAAGCAAGCGGAGGAUAGUCAAGCGGAGUUGAUAACAGGAAGAAACGAGUUGGAAAAUGAGAUCAUGAGGAAGAGGAAAUCCCUGGAAAUAGAUCGGUUCAGGAUUCAGCAGUUCAGAAGUUACUAUCCUUCGGCCACUGCUCUUUCUGGAUAUGCUUGAUUUGUAUUCUGAUUGGGGAAA